UAUAUAGUUUAUCCAAUAUAAUAAAACCCUACUCUAUCUUCUCUCCCAAAUCUCAUAUCUUUCCCGCCAUAUUCUCUAUUCUUACUCUGUCUCAUCUGAUUUUCUUUCCUCUUAGAUAAACUGAGAUAAGCAAAAUUCUAUUCAAAGAUGUUGUGGGUUGAUAAAUAUCGACCCAAAACCCUAGCUCAAGUCAUUGUUCAUGAAGACAUUGCCCAAAAUCUAACAAAACUGGUUACAGAGCAAGAUUGCCCGCAUUUACUCUUCUAUGGACCAUCUGGGUCUGGCAAGAAAACCCUAAUCAUGGCCCUUCUUAGACAAAUAUUUGGUCCCAGUGCUGAAAAGGUGAAAGUGGAGAAUAGGAAUUGGAAAAUUGAUGCUGGAAGUAGAACCAUUGAUCUUGAGUUGACCACAUUAGCAAGCACGAACCAUGUGGAGUUGAGUCCAAGUGAUGUAGGCUUUCAGGACAGAUACAUAGUUCAAGAGAUUAUUAAAGAAAUGGCUAAAAAUAGACCCAUUGACACAAAAGGGAAAAAGGGAUUUAAAGUGCUAGUACUCAAUGAAGUUGACAAGCUUUCUAGAGAAGCUCAGCAUUCUCUCCGUAGAACAAUGGAGAAGUACAGUGCUUCUUGCCGGCUAAUUUUGUGCUGUAAUAGUUCUUCAAAAGUCACUGAGGCAAUUCGAUCUCGCUGUCUGAAUAUCCGAAUAAAUGCACCUUCAGCAGAACAGAUUGUUAAGGUGUUGGAGUUCGUUGGAAAGAAAGAAGGGCUGCAACUUCCAUCUGGUUUUGCGGCCCGCAUUGCUGAAAAGUCAAACCGGAAUUUAAGGAGAGCUAUAUUGUCAUUUGAGACUUGCCGUGUUCAACAGUAUCCUUUUACUAGCAACCAAGCAAUUCCGCCAAUGGAUUGGGAAGAAUAUAUAUCAGAAAUAGCAACUGACAUAAUGAAGGAACAGAGUCCUAAAAGGCUGUUUCAGGUUAGAGGCAAGGUGUAUGAAUUGCUCAUCAAUUGCAUCCCUCCAGAGAUUGUCUUGAAGAGGCUCCUCCAUGAACUAUUGAAGAAAUUGGAUGCAGAGCUAAAGCAUGAGAUUUGCCACUGGGCUGCAUAUUAUGAGCAUAGGAUGCGUCUUGGACAGAAAGCCAUCUUUCACAUUGAAGCAUUUGUUGCCAAAUUCAUGAGCAUUUACAAGGCUUUCCUGAUUGCAACAUUUGGCUGAAGAAGGCGCGGUUUUGUUAUAGAGUUCCGGCAGCGAAGGAAAUAAUUUCUCUUUGUUUGUAGGCCUUGUGUUACCUUUUCUUGUAAUGUAAUGGCUAGUAAGCAAGACCUUUUAAAAUUUUCCCUUUUAGCCACUCUUCUUUACUAGCAUUACUGCAUUUGGUGUUUAGCGUUCGCUGUUUACUUCUUUCUUCUAGUUUACUUUUUCAAUUCAUGUCCAGGUUUAUUAAUUAAAUUAUGUUUUGGGUUUUUCAUGGACUUAAUUUGAUUGAUAAUGAAAUUGAUUUCAGUUGAGAAUAGUCA